AUGUGCGUGCCCUCAGCUGCUCAUCAGUCUCUGUGAGAGGAGAGGAAUAUUCAGAGCGGUAUUCAGGGUGGGAACUUAUAUCAGUGGGCUCCCUCUUCGUCUUCUCCCUGUUUGGCGCAUCCUCCGCCGUCGAGCCCAGCCUGCUGUAUUUACCUCCCUGUGGUCCUGAGUCUGGGGAAUCCACCUGCCGGAGAGGAGCAGACACACCUCGGGAUGGAUGCGCUGAAAUCCGCCGGCAGAGCGAUUAUCAAGAGCCCCGGAGUUCCGCGGCACACAUGGGGAACUUCAAAGCACGAAAAGCUGCCAGAGAACUGGACGGACACCAAGGAGACUCUGCUGGAGGGGAUGGUGUUCAAUGUGAAGUACCUGGGAAUGACUCUGGUGGGCCAGCCCAAAGGAGAGGACAUGGCCUCAGCUGCCAUCCGCAGAAUUGUUGCCACGGCCAGAGCCAGUGCUAAGAAGUUUCGGAAAGUAACGCUGACAGUCUCACCAAAAGGCAUCAUUAUGACAGACACAGAGACUACAGACCUCAUAGAGAAUGUCUCCAUAUACAGAAUCUCUUACUGCACAGCAGAUAAAACUCAGGAUAAGGUCUUUGCAUAUGUCUCCCAAAGUCAGUUCAACGAGACCCUGGAGUGUCACGCAUUUCUCUGCCAAAAGAAGAAGAUUGCUCAGGCUGUGACAUUAACGGUAGCCCAGGCCUUUAAAGUAGCCCUGGAUCUUUGGGAGAUUGCUCAGGAAGACAAAAGCAAGAAGGCCAGGACCUGCUGUUCUUGUGCAGCAAGCAAAGGGCAGACAGAGACAACAGAGACUCAGUGUGUUCCAGCAGAUCCAGAGGCACACAAGCCUGGUGGGAUGGAGGAGAAGCUCCGGAGGCCCUUCUUCUCUGCCUCGCUCAGCUCGCCCUCACCUCGCAGUAACCCUACUCGGAGGCGACCGAUCAAACACGACUCUUGGGACGUGGAGGAUGGACUCGAUGAUGCGUUCUCAAGACUGGCCGAGUCCUGCCCCGAACCCGUCUCUGACAAUGCAGCUCUGAGUCUGUGGGACACGUCCACCGAGAAUCUAUUGUGUGUCUGCAACAAUGAGUUUGAAUAACAGACGCCGGCAAUAGCUGCCCAACUUAUAACACUGCAGAAAUUAGACAGAAAUCACACCAGAGGCCCCAAGACCAACAACAAACACAAAACAGCAUACAUCACACAACAGAUAGCAUAACAUAUCACGCUUCCUGGUGCACAACGUGAAUCCGAGAGGCUCUGUUUGAUUUUCUGUGGCUGCUGCGGAGAAACCAGAAUGGAUACCCUGAUAUUAUAAACUGCAAUUUCUGUGAAUGCCUGCCAGUCAACACACACUCCACUCAGUGUAAACAGCCAUCAUCAGCCAACUCUCACAAACUGCCAGAUGAAAGACGGUGUACACAGUGUGCAACACGGCACCACAAGACAAGCAAGGCUUACAUAUUUCUACUUGAAGAAAUUCCCAGAGGAGAUCAUAGGAUGAAUACCAAGUGGAGUCUAACUUUUUGGAUCUAAAUUUGUAAAAAAUACUUUCACACGUGGAUUCCCAUUGAAAAUUGUGAUGAGGAUUUUCUCAGCAUCGAGAAGCCCAGACAUGUGUGUACAUAAGGCUGUCAUCUCUCUCUGAAAAUGGGAAAGCUCUCUGAUGUUGUCAUUUGUUUGACGGAGUAGCAGCUGCCGGUGUCAGCAGUUACUGGAGGAAGUCCAGCGUUGGAGGUCAUUGGCAAAGCUGGUACAAAUCUUCAGACAUAAAAUAUGGUUCAAUUUGUGGUGCUGAGUUCAGUUCUUUGAAGAAUGAAACAGCAUGUAAAUUGAGUAAUUAGUCAGACAUAAGCCCCGUUUCCACCCAGCAUUACAUUACUGUGAGCAUUUUUUCUGUUUCCACUGUGAAAAGUUGUGGAUGGUACCAAUGGAACUGUUCCGUACCGUCCCCAUUUCUGGUCCCCCCUCUGUUGGGAUACCUAGCACACAGAUCUGGUAUUAAAAGGUGGAGCUGUGAACACUGCAGUCUGUUGAUUGGUCAGUAGCGGACGGUCACUCUGCUCAGGGCUGAGUUGUGGCUGAUUUUGUAACCACUCUUGAUACCGUCGCAAGUUUCACAUUAGUAAACUGUAACUAUAAAAUGAAAAGAUGUUUUGCUGCCUCUUGCAGCAGCUGUAAAAAAAGAAAAAAAUUAAAUUCAGUGGGCCGACUGCCGGCGACUUUUAAGGUGGAACAUUUACUUGUAAUGUUACUGAUGCAUGAGUUGACGAUCUGAAUCUAUCAGGGCACCUUAAAUUUCAAUAUGAAAACUUUGACCAUCACUUUAGUUGUUUUUUUUGUCUCUCUUGGAUGACUUUUAGUAAUGAGUAGAUCUUCAAAUGUUAUAUAAUAUCUUCAAAAAAUAUAUAAAUGUCGACCGGAUUAUGUGAACUGCAUAUAUUCUAAUCCUCACUUGGAGAAAAAAAAGCAUUGCAGAGCGUUGUUUCUGCAGGCUCCAGCCAAAUAUCCCAUUGAGAGAGACUCUCAAUGCAGCUUGUUCAGUUUUGUUCUGAAAAUGUUGGCGUGCAGCCUCAUUCUGUGGACGAUAAACGAGGUGCAGACUUCCCUCUGUGUUAGGAAAUACAGUGAGUGCUGGACGGAGCAGAGUGACAACAACCCCGCCCACAUUUAAGGGUGCUGUUUGCAGUGGAAACUCAAGGGUCUAGGUACCAUGUCUGAAGGGUUACUUUUGGUUCCAAAGGUACCAUACCGAGAGUGUUUGGUGGAAACGGGGCUUAACUGUACCCAUGUGUCAUGUUUUUAUUGACUGCAACAUACAUGUGUUGUGAAAAAGGCCAUUGUGUUAAUUAAGGAAAUGUUUCUGAGAGAAGCAAACACACAACAUUCACAGAGUGGUAUGGUGUAUACAUUUUAUUACCAACUUAAUGCCCAACAUAAGGACUGCUUACUAUGUGUAUCCAAGAUUUAAAAGAACAUCUCUUGGCCUUCUUCAGCAGAUGGAUUUGCUCAGUUAACACGGAUAUGGUUUAGUUUGUUAUAUAACAUGUGGGGGUGGCAUCAAAUUAUAAAAAUGUUGUCUUAUCAAGUCAAGGCAAUUUUAUGUGUACAGCUCAAUAUCACAAGUCACAAAUUUGCCUCAAGAGGCUUCACAAUCUGUAUGACAUACAACACCCUCUCUCCUUACACACUUGAUUCAAAUGAAUAAAUAAAACUCUGCCAAAGAAAAUGGAAGAAACCUUUUUGAAUAAAGUAUCAGAAGACUGAAUUUAAUUUUCGUUUAUCCAUUUUCUAACCACUGUCACCAUGUGAAAGAAAUUCCAAAGUUAACCAUCGUCAUGACAACUGAGCGAUCUGUUGAGAAAGGCUUUGAGAUGUUGCGAACAGGUUUGGAAGGUCAAGAAUGAAUUUUCAAAUUUAGCUUUGUUCAACAAUGUCAGACAUUUCCAGUCUUAUUAUAGAGGUGAAGGAAUGCAUUCAGAAAACUAGUGCUUAGGUGCCACCAGCAGUGCACCUCACAAACACUUUGACAUUUAAAGGGGUGCUCCAGUGUUGUAGUAUUGCACUUUUAUAACGCUGGGAAGUUAUCAAAAUUGAAGUAGCAGAGGCAAAAAUAUCCUCACUUGUACUUUCUAGUGUUUACACACUGAGUCCGUUCUUUUCAGAUGCAUUGUUUAAUCCAUCAUCCUUCCUCCACAUUCUGUGUGGAGUCCACAUCCUCCUCCUCUUCUUCACCAUCCACCUGAAUAUUGCUAUCUGACCUGUUGAAAGUGAGCUAUCUGAGUUCUGAAAUGACUCUGUGCACCCCGUUCCUCUGUGUCUUGUCACGGCUGUGUCCUGCCUCCACAUUUUCUUCACUGAUUAUCAGUCAAAUGUGAAAAGGCUUCUGAUGGAUGCGAAAAACACAGAAAAUCGAACAUGUUAUAAAACUUUUUAAUGACGGACGAAAGUUUCAGACUCAGUGUGCAAAUAGGAUUGACACAACGAGAGGUCGUAUUUAAUUUUAGACGUGUCGGACUAGAACAACGGACUGAGUAUGCAAAGUCCAGGAACCAGACAAUUCUAAAUCUGCGAGCUCAUGUUGUCCACUCAAAUCGGCCUGCUUUGGGCCAAACAAAGCAGGGUGCUUGAACACCCUGGUACUGGGGACAUGACAGCGAGCACAUUCCUAGUUUAGUAAAGAGGAGCUCCUUUGAGGCAACUUUGAAAACAAUCAAGACGGGGUGCAGCUUUCUGUUGCAGUACUGUUUUCAAAUUCUGAUGGCACAAACAGCAACGCUUGUUCACAGACAUAUUGAUGCCAUCACAGCUCAUCUCUGCACGCUGUAGUCUGUUUACAUGUAUCUCUCCCUCAGCGCUGUCCCUUAAGUUUCAGUGCUCUGUGUCUCAAAUCGAGUACUUCUGUACUUACACUUAAUAUGUUGAGUGCAUAAGUGCGCUCACACUGAGGAGUAUGGAAAAAUGCAGUGCACUAUGAGUGCCCGGAUGGUGCCCUCAAAACGGUCAAGAAAUUGAGUGUGGAACUGUGGACACUUCUUGCCCUCAAUGGUCGCCAUCUUGGCUAUGUAGUGGAAGGGGAGCAACUACUUUUCAAACUGGAAAUGGCGGCCGAGGACUGUGUGACC